CCAUUCUGGUUUUAAAUGCUAAACGAGAAAAUAAAGAUCAGUUAUGUUAAUAUUUCGUCGUCUCCAUUAAAUGAUAAUGAAACGAUAGAUCGACACAGAAUCUGAUGUCAGGGGAGGAGCAGCUGCCACAAUAACCUUGUCCAGUUGUCUGGUUUGUGAUGCAUUAUGGUUGUGUACGGUGUUUACAUCGUAUCGAAGUCUGGUGGUCUGAUAUUUAAUCAUGAUCACAAUGUACCAAAAAUUGAGACAGAAAAAACGUUCAGUUAUCCCUUGGAUAUUAAGCUUAUAUAUGAAAAUAAAAAGAUAGUAGUUGUUUUUGGUCAGAGGGAUGGUAUAAUGGUUGGACAUGUCUUAAUCUCAGUGAAUGGGAUACCAGUCACAGGGAGACAACUGGAUGAUGGUAGAGAUGUAUUUGAGGUUUUAGAAAAUGAAGAGAAUUUUCCUCUUAACUUGAGAUUUGGAAGAUCUAAAAUGACAACCAAUGAAAAAAUUUUCUUGGCCAGCAUGUUCUAUCCACUCUUUGCAAUUGCAAGUCAGUUAAGUCCGGAGCCAAGAAGUUCUGGAAUUGAAGUACUGGAAGCAGAUACCUUUAAACUCCACUGUUUUCAGACACUUACAGGAGUAAAAUUCAUGGUGGUAGCAGAACCUCAACAACAAGGGAUGGAGGUCCUGCUAAAGAAAAUUUAUGAACUGUAUUCAGACUAUGCACUGAAAAACCCAUUUUACUCAUUAGAGAUGCCAAUAAGAUGUGAACUAUUUGAUACUCAUCUCCAAAGUUUACUUGAUACUAUAGAAAAACAAGGAGUAAGUAAUGUGUAGUUGGUAAUACAGGAAGGAACAUUUGAAAAAUUGUUUCAGUUUGUUUGUAUUAUAAAUAUAAAGCUUACAAGAAAUCUGUGAUAUAUGACUAAAAUGAUUGUUCAAUUCGCUAUUGAAAUGUAGUUGAUAAGGAAAAAAAAUAAUUUUCAUGCUGGUUCAGAAAAAAGAACAGCUUGUUAUAUUUCUGAUUUCUGUAUCUCUGAUCCCCAAGAUUUUAUCUGAUUCUGGUUUAUCAUUGAUUUUUAUGGUGCCUUUCUUGUCAUCAUUGUAAGACACAUUUCUGUUGUUCUGUCUUUGUUUCUUCAACAUUUGAAAAAUCGAAAAAAAAAGUGAUAGUGUUGCUGAAAUCUUGGACUGAAGUAAGUCACAUAAUAGCACAGUUUGGGAGUAGUUCACAUUUCUUUGAUGUAUUUGCAAAGCUUAAUUGUGGAUGCUGCAGGAACUAUGAAGAGGGAAGCAAACAAUGUCUUAUGCUUUACUUAAAUGACAACACAAUUAGUCUUCUGUACUUUUAAUUGCUCAGUCCCUCAACUAACACAGUGAAUAGCUACAUAAUUGGAUAGAUAAAAAAUCUUCCCACGAAGUGGCAGCAGAACACAUACAUAAAAGACUGAUGUGAUUGGCAAUCUUUUGAGCCAGAGGCUCCUUCUUGAGGCAGAAGGGUUGAAAAGGAAGGAAGAAGAAUGAAGGAAAAGGACUGGAGUGGUCUAAGAAAAGGGGUAGAUUUUGGGAAAGUCACCCAGAACCACGCGUUAGGGCAGACUUACCAUACAGGAUGAGAAGGAAAGGCUGAUUACGAAGCAAGCUGGGAGAUUUUUACUUCCCCUCAUGUUUUGCCAUCUGCCUCCUUAAAAUUCAGUUUUUCAAUUUCAAGUAAUUACCAUUAACAUACGUAAAUAUUAUCUGCAUUUCCAUAGAAGAGAAAGGUUGGUCCUCAGUUUUAAAGAAUAUAACA